UGAGAAAAUAGUUCUGUCUAUUAAAUACCAAUCGAUUUCAUGAUUAUUUUCAUGGAUUUGCUAGUUAACUUAUCAUCUUAAUGGUUAUUACCAUUGUAAAAGGGAAAUCAUUCAUAUCAUCAGAAUUUAACCGUAUAUGGUAGAAACAUUGUUGAAUUAUGGAUAGAAUCAAUUCUGAACCACUUAGAACUCAAGUAGCAGGACGUCAUGGAGACAAAACAAAUGAGGUGUUAGAUAUUGGAGAUGGGUACAUUUUAAAACCAGCUCAGUCUAGAGAAAGAGGUACAAGAGAGAUCAAUUUUUAUCAAACAGUUUUUAAUAUAGAAAAUGAAACAGAAGAUCUGCUGACAUUGAGAUCGUUUAUACCAGUAUUUUAUGAUAGUUUGAUAAAAGAUGAUGUGACCUACAUGAAAUUGGAAAAUAUAACAUGGAAAAUGAAACAAGCAUGUGUUAUGGAUAUCAAAAUUGGUGCUAUAACCUGGGAUCCUGAUGCACCUGCAGACAAAAUAGAGAGAGAAAGGAAGAAAUUUCCUCCAUCUCAAGAAAUUGGUUUUAGAUUAGCAGGCUUUAUGAUUUUUAAUGAGGAAACCAAUUCAACAGAACAUUAUGCACAAUCUUAUUGCUUACAUUUCACCAAGGAAUCACUUUUACAUCAAGGCUUUGGGAAGUUUUUUCAUCCAGUAACUGCAAAACAAGAUGUUAUAAAGAUUACAUUAUCUAAAUUAUAUAGUAUAGAAAAAUGGUUUUUAAAUCAGAAGAGGUUUCAGUUUAUAUCCUCUAGUAUAUUACUAGUGUAUGAUAAUCAUAUAGACAGUGAGACAGAAUCCAGUCGAAAAUGUGAUGUAAGAAUGAUUGAUUUUACCCAUGUUCACCCUACAGACUCCACUGAUACGAACUAUGUUCAUGGCUUACAAAUGUUAAUCAAAUAUUUAACACAGCUUGUGCAACUAUAACAUAAUGGAUCCAUUCCGUUAUAGAGUUUGACUGUAUUUGCCAGUGUACAAUCCAAUUAAUUCGUUGCAUCCAGUGAUACAAGAAUAGAAUAGAAUAUUUUUUCAAUUUUUGUGGAUUGCACAACGUGAAAAACAAUGUCCACCUGAAAACACUGGUCUUGUAUUAUGUAAUACAGUAAUUCUCAAAUUUGAUGUAUAAAAAAGUCACAAGCAAUACAGACUAAAAUUUACAUUUAGAUUAAAUCAGAUUGUCCCUUAAUG